AUGUCACCUGAGAUCGUGGUCCUUUCCCCCGACUCGCCAACGAAGCCACCGUCUUCAAGGGAGUCUUCGCCCAAGGCCAAAGAGAAAGAGCGCGACUCAACACCUAGACCCAUAACGAGCAUCACGCACUCUCUUCGCACCGAUCCACCACCACCAAGCAAGCCCAACGCCUUUUCAGUCCUCAUGUCGGGCAACAAGGACAAAGAGACCUGGGGUGAAGUCGAUCAGCCCAAGAGUGUGCCGGGCCGUCGCCGUCCUGCACCCUUCUACAAGGUCUUGACCGGUAUGCCCAUCGCAGUGGACGCAUUUUGCUACGGCGCAAUUCCAGGCGUCACUGCGUACUUCCUCACGCACAACCACUCAGACCACUACACAAAUCUCUCGAAGAGUUGGCGGCACGGUCCUAUAUACUGCUCUGAGACGACAGCAAACCUGGUCGUCCUCAUGCUUGGCGUAGAGCCGCAGUGGGUCCAUGGCAUCCCGGAUGACAUCCCUUACACAAUUCCCAACACGGGCGGAGUGACUGUCACCCUUAUUGAGGCCAACCACUGCCCAGGCUCUUCCAUCUUCCUCUUUGAAGGUCGUCAAACGGCGCACGCUGGCGACUCAUCAUUUCGCUCAGCGUACGUUGGGAGCAAGCGCGUGUUCCGGUACCUGCACUGCGGCGACUUUCGAGCUUGCCCGAAGCAUGUCCUCCAUCCAGCUGUUGCUAGAGCACCGCUGGACACGAUUUAUCUCGACACGACGUACCUCAAUCCGCAAUACUGUUUCCCGCCGCAACCACUCGUCAUCGAGGCUUGCGCCCAACUUGCGAAGAAGAUUGCGUUCGAUGAGCGCUCUGUCACCAUGAUGGAAGGCUGGCUGAAGAAACAUCCAAGCAUGGAGGGCAAAGCCCCUAAACCCAAAGGACGCGUCCUCGUGCUCGUCGGCACAUACUCGAUUGGAAAGGAGCGCAUCGUCAAGGCUAUCGCGCGAGCGCUCGAUUCCAAGAUCUACGCCGAUGAGCGCAAGAGGGGCAUCAUCCGAGCUCAGGCUGACCCCGAACUUCACGCUAUGAUGGGUGACGACCCUCGCGAGUGCCAAGUACACAUCGUGCCACUCUGGAAUGUCCAACUUGAGCGACUGGAGCCGUAUCUUGAUAUGCUCCACCCGCAUUUUGAGCGAGUCCUCGCCUUUCGCCCGACGGGGUGGACAUACCGCCAGCCCGCAGGCGCAAACACAUUACCGGACGUCAACUUCGUGAUCCAACGCGACCAGGCCCGAAACUUCAGUGACAUUUCGUUGCGGCCAAUCCGCGGCUCCUCCCGGCAGUAUAUGAUGUUUGGCGUACCGUACUCGGAGCAUUCAAGCUUCUUUGAGCUGACAUGCUUCUCGCUCAGCGCUCCCGGCAACCCCAAAAUUAUUGCUACAGUCAAUGUACACUCGGAGCGUAGUCGACAGAAGAUGCGGAAGUGGUUCGAGAAGUGGGCUGCGGAGAAAGCACGGCGCAAGGAGCGCGGACAGCCUGCCAUUGUUCCCUAUCGCGAGGAAAACUACGUGCGUCGGCAACGUCGAGAAUAAGCUGACGUCAGUGGUGAAGCUUGGUCCAUACUGAAAGGUCCAUGAUUAUGUGCGACGAGACCAAACCAUUCCCAACGACAGCACACAGGAAGCUGCACCACGCUACGGCACAGGCGUUGCGGCCGC